AUGGCUUGCACGAUAUCAUCAGUUUCAGCUUCUACAAAUGGGAUAUUUGACUUAAGUGAUGUAAAAAACAAAAUUCUCCAAUGGAAAUCACAAAAAAUAAAUGCCUUAUGUCCAUCAAACAGGAACCAACUCCAAAGUUUACUGAAUUUAGUAUGCAGCACAGCGCAGCCUACGAAUGUAACUUUACGAGAUUCUUGUAUCACAUGUUUUUCAAGGGUAACUGCAAUGCCAGAGGGACCUCAAGAGUUGAACGCCCUGAGUACGUGUGCUAUUCAGUACUUUACAAAUACUUCUUACAGCACAUGUGCUACUGCUCUAGUGGCUUUAUCUACUUCUGCACUGAAUGUUCAACCAUCUGGAUGUUAUAUGGGAUAUUGUGACUUCGUACGUUGUUUGAGAAGAGUAAAUUCUGUCAAUUUAAUAACUCAAUGCACGAGAGAAGCAAGAACAGGUGUAAACAUAACCGUUGACGCAGACAAUGUACGCUUCUUCACGAACAUCACAUCCUGUGUUCUUGCCAAAACAAGAUGCGGUCCAUUCAACCCCAUAACUGGCGAGCCUCAGAACCCUGGCUACACUUCAACGUCGAAUAGAGUCAGCAAUGCUUUACAGUUUUCUGAGAACGGUGAGCUUAGAAUCCUUGCGUUUCCAGCAAGUACACCAGUUUCGUCGUCAUUUUGUUCGACACUAAGUAAUCUAACGCAAACAAGCUGGUUAUCAAAUGUUUGCUAG